AUGGCUAACAUUCUCGAACAGUUUCCCGAGUUUUGUGCAGACAGUGUUGAUUAUGAUUUUCGUUCGGCCGCCCAUGUCGCCGCUGCCGAAGGCCAACUUCAGAGUAUUCAGUUUUUGCGUGACCAUUCCCAUUCAAAAAAUCAAGAUUUAAGUUGGAUGAGUCGGGAAGAUCGUUGGGGUUUUUCGCCCGUCGAAGAAGCGUAUCGUUACGGACAUUAUGAAGUGGCCAAUUACCUUAUUGAAUGUGUGAAGAAAGUUCGAACGGUGACCCCGUCGGAAACUGACAGUCGAAGACGGCUUUCAGUGACAAAACCUGCUGUGAGAUCAAUGCGCAAAUGGAAGAAAGUCCUUCAUUUUGGCACAUUGGCUUUGAAAAAUGAAGCAGAACUUAUCGAUGGUCUCUUGGCGACUGGUGUGUUUUCGUCAUCGGAAUUGUAUGCUGAUUAUGAUGGACGAUCACCUAUGCAUUUGGCUGCGGCCAAUGGCCAUUUGGAUGUGGUCAAAGUGCUGCUGCGUUAUGGCUAUGAUGGCAAAACGCACAGAGAUCGUUGGGGCAAUUGUGCACUGGAUGAAGCGAGACGAAAGAAAUUCGCUCAAAUUGUCGAUGUCUUACUCGCUGACAUUGUCUAA